AUGUCGUCGAAGCUCAUUGUAAUUUGUGGUGUGACUGGCAACCAAGGCCGGUCAGUGGCGGAAGUGUUUCUCAAAGAAGCUGGCUGGAAAGUCCGCGGAAUCACCCGCGAUGCAACGAAGCCGGACAGCGUGGCCCUGGCGUCCAAAGGCGUGGAAGUCGUGGAGGGGGACUUGAAUGACGUCGAGACUCUAAAAACAGCUUUCCGAGGAGCCAACGUCAUCUUCGGCAACACGAUUUUCCCCGUCGAGCUGGCCGUAACCUCAUCACCACAGCUCAGACCCGACCAGUCCCUUGGAGAGUGGUGUUACGAGCUCGAAAUCCAACAAGGCAAGAAUCUCGUCGAUGCCGCCGCCGAGGUGGACUCCCUUGAGGUCUUCAUCUGGUCCACGCUCUCGGCGGCUCAAAAAUGGUCGGCCGGGAAGUACAAGAACAUCUUCCACUUCGACUCCAAGGCGGCUGUGGUGGAGUACAUCGAAUCCGCCUACCCUAGCUUGUUCAAGAAGACGUCUUUGCUGGAAAUGGGACUCUUCAUGACGAACUGGAAGAUGGGCGAGGUCAACAUUCCGUGGAAAAAGGCAACUAUUUUUCGCAAAGACGGCACCAUGGUGCUUCGCAUGCCCGGCAGCGGUGCACAGCCGAUCCCGCACGUCCUCGUCGACGAGACGGGGCUCUACGUCAAGGCUCUUGUGCAAGCGCCCCCGGCUACACACCUGCUAGCAUGUUCGGAGCUAAUGACCUGGCCGGAGUAUGUCAAGCUGUGGAGCAAGGCCCUGGGGGUCCCCGCCGUCUUUGAACGAUUCACUCUCGACGACAUGGACAAGCUCGGCCCGGGAGGCUUCGGCAUCGAGAUCGGAGAGAUGCACGCCUACGCCAUGGAGUUUGGAUACUGGGGAGGAAACCCGUCCAUCGUUCUCCCAGCCGACCUCGGACUCGAGGGUCAAACAACGUCCGUCGAGGACUACAUUAAGCGAGAGGACUGGUCUGAGUUGUUGGCCAGGCCUUGA